AUGGCAGACCCAUUGACUCGAGAAGCGCCGUCUACGACUGGCAGCCCGCCAACUGUUCCUCUGGGAAGUCCACAUGCAACAUCGACGAACCAGUCAGAACCAGUCGCCAUAGCUGUGGACACUGAACCGGACCAACUUGAAGCAGACGAUGCAUCUACUACGGAUGACGCCUCAUCAAUUCAAGACGGCAGUUCAUCCUAUACUGCGUCUUUGUCAUCAAGUAUUGUUGACUACCCAAUGCAUUAUGGCCGAAGAUACCAUGCCUACCGCUCAGGCUCGUACCCUAUCCCAAAUGACGAGCACGAGAUGGAACGCCUUGAAGUUGUGCAUGCAAUGACGGUAAAGGUGAUUGGAGACAAGCUGUUCUUAGCCCCUAUUCAAAAGGACCGUGUCAACAAAAUUCUUGACAUCGGCACGGGCACAGGAAUCUGGGCUAUGGAGAUGGGCGACCUACUUCCCAACGCCGAGAUCAUUGGGAAUGACCUGAGUGCUAUUCAGCCAGACUGGGUACCUUCCAACGUCAAGUUCGAAAUCGACGAUGUUGAAAGCCCUUGGCUCGGCAACAGAAAGUACGACUACAUCUUCUGUCGCUACAUGCUCUGUGGUAUCGGUGACUGGCCGAAACUAGUUCAAAACAUCUUUGAUCAUCUGAAUCCCGGUGGUUGGGCUGAGUUCCAAGACAUGGAUUCUCUGUAUUACUCGGACGACGGUACUCUAACCGAGAAGCAUGCGACAAGGAAGUGGAACAAGCAAAUCGUUGAAACCAUGAACUCGAUCAAUCGUGAUGCUCAACCUGCGCCGAAACUCCAGGGAUGGGUUCAAGACGCUGGCUUUCAAAAUAUUCAGCAUCAGCGCUUUAAGGUGCCACUUGGUCCAUGGGCUAAAGAUGCUCAUUUUAAAGAGAUAGGAAUGUACAGUCUUGCAGUCAUCAUGGAUGGGCUGGAAGCGUUCUCGAUGCAAAUUUACUGCGACGUUCUCGGGUACACGAAGGAAGAGGUGAUGGUAAUGUUGUCCGAGGUUCGCAACGAGAUGAAGACUCUUCAUACAUUCCAUGCGCUGUGGGACUUACAUGUGGUUUAUGGUCAGAAGCCUCUUGAAGCGGAAACUCAAGAAGCCUGA